AUGCACUUUACUAACCUUGAUGACACGCAUGUGUAUGUGCAUGGAUACCAUGUGCACGAUAUGAAUUUAGAAUACUCAGAAAAACUAUGCCGUAACAAAUCUCUGACACGCAAUGUCCACCGCGAUCCCAUAGACAAACUGAAGCCCAAAAUAUCUUCAUGGGAACUAAAACAAAACGAGCAAAUAAGAACCAUCAUUGUGAUGUCAAAAACUUCGAUGACGAUCUGUGAAAACUCUGCCAGUUUCUUUUUUAACCGAAGAAGCAAACAUUUGAGCUCGUUCAAAUGUGUGAUCUACUGCCUUGAAUAUGAAGAAGACGACGUUAUGUGUACCUUCCCUCCGCUCAAAAGUAUCAAAGUUAGCAUCACAAAUCACGUCUAUGAUUUUCAGAAACGAAACGAGCAAAUAAGAACCAGCACUGUAAUGUCAAAAACUUUGAUAACGAUUUGUGAACACUCUGCCAGUUUUUUUUUAAAUCAAAUAAGCAAACAUUUGGGCUCGUUCAGAUGUGUGAUCUGCCGCCUUGAAUAUGAAGAAGACGACGUUAUGUCUACCCUCCCUUGCAAGCAUCUAUACCACUCCGAUUGCAUGCAACAAUGGCUUUAA